CAAUCUCAUCUCGUAGUUAGAAGGUGGGUUUGGGUUGGAGUUGGCGUUGGGUUAGGUUUAGGAUUAGUUUUCAGGUGGGGUUUUGAAGUUUAGGUUGUGUAGGGGUUUGGUUUUAUAUCUUUAUCUAUUUAUUUACACGAUUCUGUUAUAUAAAUAGAAUACUUGCUUUUCUCUGAGAAGUCUUCAUAUUCAUUCUGAAUCUCUCUCUUUUUAGCUCUCUGCCCCCAUCAGCAUCAUCAUCAUCAUCAUCCGAGAAUAAAUCCACAAAAGGCAGGCAGGCAGAGAGUCAAAGAGAAAGAGAAAAGAGAAAAGCAGAUAUUAUUAUUAUUAUUAUUAUUUUUUGUAUAUACAUACAUAUACACAUAAAUCUCUAUCAUUCAUUCAUUCAUGGGUGCCAUAAAGGCCGCCAUUGGAGACACUGUGCUCACUUUCAUGUGGGUGUUCUGCGCAUCGUGUCUGGGAGUUCUCACCAGCUUUAUUGCAAAUAUUGUCGGGGUUCAGGGCUCGCUUUGGCCCUCCCUCUUCAUCACCACUGUCCUUGUCUUCCUCCUCGUCUUCAUCUUCACCUUGAUCGGCGAUGCCCUUGGUGGGGCCAGCUUCAACCCCACAGGCACUGCCUCCUUUUACGCCGCCGGCCUCGGCCCCGACACCCUCUUCUCCAUGGCCCUUCGUUUUCCUGCUCAGGCACUGGGAGCUGUGGGUGGCGCUCUAGCCAUCAGGGAGGUGAUGCCUAUACAGUACAAGCACAUGCUUGGAGGGCCUUCUUUGAAGGUUGACUUGCAUACUGGAGCCAUUGCUGAGGGGGUUUUGACUUUCGUGAUAAGCUUUGCUGUCCUUGUAAUUAUACUUAGGGGUCCCAGUAGCCCACUCUUGAAAACCUGGUUCCUUGCUGUGGCUACUGUGGCUAUGGUGACUGCAGGUUCUCCAUACACUGGACCUUCCAUGAAUCCUGCCAAUGCUUUUGGUUGGGCAUAUGUAAAUAAUUGGCACAACACAUGGGAACAAUUUUAUGUUUAUUGGAUAUGUCCGUUCAUAGGAGCAGUAUUAGCUGCUUGGAUCUUCCGUAUUGUGUUUCCAGCACCAGCACCGGUCAAACAGAAGAAAGCGUGAAAUGUAUAUUAGCUUAGCCGUUGGAGAUGUUCCCAACUCUCAGAUCUCAAGUCAGGAACAGGAAGCAAUAAUAUUUGUUUAUCUAGUUAGUUAUAUCUAUCUAUCUAUCUAUCUGGAUCUGAACUGGAUGUACGUACAUGAGACCAUUCUGUGUUUGGUGACAGCUCAGUCACUUUUUACAUUUAGUAUGUGGAUAAAUUUGCAGAUAACGCCUGCUGUGUUUGCCUUUGCCCU